AUGUGCAGAUUUCUAAUCUUUAAAGGCAAAGAGCCCAUCCGGCUAUCACACUUGUUGACAAGGCCAGCACACUCGAUUAUCAAGCAAUCGUUUGACAGUCGCCUUCGGGUUGACAUGAGAAGGCCUAUCAACGGUGAUGGAUUUGGCGUGGCGUACUAUCCUCUUGACCAGGAGCUGAGCGAAGAUGGCCCUUGUCUAUUCAAAGCCAUCACACCUGCCUGGAAUAACCAAAACUUGGAAACGUUGGCUGAAAAAACUAAGUCUGACCUUGUGUUCGCACACGUUAGAGCUUCCACCUACGGCGUACUGUCUGAGACAAACUGUCAUCCUUUUACCUACCACAACAUUACAUUCAUGCACAACGGGGGCAUCGGGAACUUCACUAAGAUCAAGAGACGACUUUUGGCGCAUAUCGGCGACGAGUACUUCAACCUGAUCCAAGGCAGCACGGACUCUGAGUGUGCGUUCGCGCUUUUCCUUGAUACGCUGGAGAAAAUGGGAUCUAAUCCCUCGGAAAGCACCGGGCAUUUCGGACACACUACACUGCGGAAUUGUAUGCUACGCACUAUCGAGAUCAUCAAAGACUGGACUAAGGAGGCCAACGGUAACGACCCCGAUGCGGAGCCUUCAAUCUUGAAUUUUGCCGUCACCGACGGUACCGAUGUUGUGGUUUCCAGAUACAUCACCUCAAGGAAAUAUCAGGGUGCAUCAUUGCAUUUCAGCUGCGGCUCCAGCUUCGUGGAAUAUGCCCCCGGUGAAUACAGAAUGGAGCGGCUGGACAGAAACCAGGAUGUUGUCAUGGUCGCGUCCGAACCGCUCACCUUCGAGCGCGGCGACUGGAUCACCGUGCCCACCAACACCAUACUUACCAUCAAAAACCAGACGGUUCUCCUGCACCCCAUCAUCGAUGAAUACUUUCAAGAAAACCCCCUCUACGCCAGAAACUCAUCGCUAGCGGAGAGAAAGGGUCUCAUGGGCGCGGUUCCAGUGUCCAAGCCUACGGACAAGAAUGUGCCACCACUGGAGAGAGAGGGCCGUUCUAGGCCUCAAACCUCCAGAUUGGUCGCUUAA